AUGGUAUGUAUUCUUCCCGAGUCCGGCAAAGGUGCUAUCUAUUUUGCUGCUGAUACGGAAAAAGACCGUGCUAAGUUUGUAGCACAAAUGGAUGCAGUACAACAACGUAUGCCAUCGCUGAAUGAAUUUACAACGCACAAGUUACUUGGUCGUGGUCACUAUGGACGUGUGAUUCUGGCCUCGUAUGCUAGAGAUCGGCAAUUGUAUGCCAUUAAAGAGAUGAAGCUUGGUCAAGUGAAGGCAAAGGUGGUGUUUGCAGAACGAGCUGUUAUGGAGUGGGUUGGAAAUCACCCGUUUAUCAUGGGAUUGGAUUAUGCACUCGUACGAGGUCGCUCGGUGUUUCUCAUUUCUAAGUUCAUGCAAGGCGGUGAUCUUUUUUUGCACAUGCAAAAGAACGGUGGUACUUUUCAAGAAGAUGCCGUACGUUUUUACGCUGCUGAGCUAUUGCUGGCGCUUGAGCACAUGCACAAGAUGUGUAUUUUGCAUCGUGAUAUUAAACCUGAGAACGUGUUGCUCGAUAGCGAUGGACACAUUAAAUUGGCAGACAUGGGCUUGGCUAAGCGGUUGAAAUCACGAGAAGGACGUACGAAGACCAUGUGCGGUACCGACACGUACUUGCCACCUGAGAUGGUUGGGCGCUAUUCUGGUGGUCAUGGUCUAGCUGUUGAUUUGUGGCAAUUUGGCUGUAUCCUCUUUGAGCUGCGUGCAGGAUACCCGCCAUUCUUUUUAUCCCAGUCGAGUGAAGAGAGCACACACCAACGAAUAUUAUACCAACCGGUUCACUUUCCAAAGAAUGUAUCUCCUGAACUCAAGAGUUUGCUAGUGGCGUUACUCAAAAAGCGUCAGGAAGAUCGAUUGGGCUAUUGUGGUAAAAUUGCCGACAUUAAGGCACACGAGUUUUUCGCAGGUGUCAAUUGGGACCAAGUUUUGAAUCGACAAAGUAAGCCACCACUUGUACCAGGCCCUCCUGGUGAUGACUUGGUGGGCAACUUCGACCCGCAAUUCACACAACAGCCGCAUACAAUUUACGCACCAGAGGAGAUUGCGAGUUGUUUUGAGCAUGUUUUUGCUGGUUUCGACUACGUUCGCCCAUUAGCCCCUAGCGUGUCGAUGGUAUCUAACACGCGUAGUCAUAUGGCAGCAUCACGGGCUUCUUCCAGCCGUGCUAGCACCAGUAAGGACAUGAGUGAAAGUAUUGACUCCACCUUUGUAUCAGCAGACCACGUGCGCUAUGAAACAGCAUAG